GGCCUCGUUCGGGUGAGUUUAGCCUAUUCAGCUGUUUGCUUCCUCAUUCGAGUUCAUUCAACCAGUCUAGAGAAAAUGACAAGAAACCACGAAAUUCCUCGUCUAAACUUACGGUGCAUUACCCAGACUCAACAGGUUUAACAGAAACAAUUCAAUAUGGCCACAAAACAAGUAGUCACAGAAAAUGAAGAGGAAGCCAUUGGUGCCCAAAAUGAGUUGGCCUUGCAUCUGGAUGAUAGACUUAAGGAGGAAGAGUUUGUUAAGUUGAAGAAUCUGUUUAGAGGUUGUCCUCUUACUUCAAGACAACAUGAGAAUAUUAAAACUAUGGCAGAUCUAUUUCAACAACUUGAGAACGAUAAGAAGAUAUCUGUGGGAAACUACAAGUUUUUUACAGUAAAAUUGGAAAAAAUUCAUCCUAUGCUGGCUACUGAAGUGCAAGAAAUGGAGAAACAGAUUCAAGAUAUCCUGAAUGGAGGUAAUCCCUCUGUCGUGGAUGUCCCAGCAGCCAGCACAAGUCCCGCCCAAGAUUAG